UUUACACUUCUUUUUAAGCCAGCCCAAUCCUUUCAUGCAGUACUAGAGCAGAAAAAUGGAAAUAUGCUACAGAGCAGCAUUGAUUUUGGCCUUUGCAUUUGCACUUGUGGAUGUUGGCUGGGCGCAAGAUGCCCUAGUUCCUGCUAUCAUAACAUUUGGUGACUCGGCUGUGGAUGUUGGCAACAAUGACUAUCUCCCCACGAUAUUCAAGGCCAAUUACCCUCCUUAUGGAAGGGACUUUGUCGAUCAUAAACCUACAGGGAGGUUUUGUAAUGGUAAAUUAGCCACCGACAUCACUGCUGAGACUCUGGGAUUUAAGUCUUACGCACCGGCGUAUCUGAGCCCAGAAGCAUCAGGGAAGAACCUACUUAUUGGAUCCAACUUUGCAUCUGCAGCAUCUGGUUACGAUGAAAGGGCAGCUGCGUUGAACCAUGCCAUUCCAUUGAGCCAGCAACUGGAGUACUUCAAGGAAUACCAAAGUAAGCUAGCGAAGGUUGCUGGUAGCAAAUCGGCAUCAAUCAUCAAGGGUGCGCUAUAUAUUUUGAGUGCGGGGAGCAGUGACUUUCUUCAGAAUUACUACGUCAAUCCAUACCUAAACAAAAUCUAUACUGCUGAUCAAUAUGGCUCAUACCUUGUCGGUUCAUUCACAAGCUUUGUCAAGACCUUGUACGGCUUGGGGGGUAGGAAACUUGGGGUGACUUCACUCCCACCACUGGGUUGCCUUCCAGCUGCCCGAACCAUAUUCGGAUAUCACGAGAAUGGGUGCAUCUCAAGGAUCAACACUGAUGCCCAGCAAUUCAACAAGAAGAUCAACUCAGCUGCAACAAGCCUCCAAAAACAACUCCCUGGUCUUAAGAUUGUUAUAUUCGACAUCUUCCAGCCACUCUAUGACCUUGUUAAAUCUCCUUCAAAAAAUGGUUUCCAAGAAGCAAGGAGAGGAUGCUGUGGGACGGGAACAGUGGAGACGACAAUAUUGCUGUGCAAUCCAAAAUCCCUAGGAACUUGCCCAAAUGCCACUAAGUACGUGUUUUGGGACAGCGUCCAUCCAUCUCAGGCUGCUAAUCAGGUUCUUGCUGAUGCAUUGAUUCUUCAAGGCAUCUCCCUCAUUGGUUGACGAUGUAUCACUAUUCUUGUGUCUGCAAUAUGUCCCGUGUGCUGGACCUUAUUGUUGUUGUCUUAGCUUCUUGUUUUUUUUUUUUUGCUUUUGAGAAUUAUUAUUGUAUCUAUUACAAGUGAUAAAAAAGAAGAAAUCCUUGUUAAUCUUCAUGUAACUGAAGAAAAUUUAUGGAUUACAAGAUGCCUGACGCAAACUUUUAUCUAUUCCAAUUAUGUUCGUC